GUGCCGCGGAGUUGGAGCGGGGCCGGCGCCGCGGCCGCUUCUUCUCGCUGAGCUGCUGCCGCCGCCGGGCGGACGGGCGGACGCGCGGAGCUGUGGGCGGCGCGGCGGGGCCGGCGGGGCGCGGCGGGGCUGACCGGCCCCGAUGAGGCGGAAGGAGAAGCGGCUUCUGCAGGCGGUGGCGCUGGUGCUGGCGGCCCUGGUCCUUCUGCCCAACGUGGGGCUCUGGGCGCUGUACCGCGAGCGGCAGCCCGACGGCACCCCCGGGGGAGCCGGGGCAGCGGUGGCCCCGGCGGCUGGACAGGGCUCACACAUUCAACAAAAGAACUCCUUUUUCUUGGGAGAUGGGCAGAAGCUGAAGGACUGGCACGACAAAGAAGCCAUCAGGAGGGAUGCUCAGCGAGUAGGUAAUGGAGAACAAGGGAAGCCCUACCCCAUGACAGAUGCUGAGAGAGUGGAUCAGGCAUACCGAGAAAAUGGAUUUAACAUUUAUGUCAGUGAUAAAAUCUCCCUGAAUCGCUCUCUCCCUGAUAUCCGGCAUCCAAACUGCAACAGCAAACGUUACUUGGAGACGCUCCCCAACACCAGCAUCAUCAUCCCCUUCCACAAUGAGGGCUGGUCCUCCCUCCUCCGCACCGUGCACAGCGUGCUGAACCGCUCGCCCCCGGAGCUGAUCGCUGAGAUCGUGCUCGUCGAUGACUUCAGUGACCGAGAGCACCUGAAGAAGCCACUCGAAGACUACAUGGCCCUGUUCCCCAACGUGAGGAUUCUCCGAACCAAGAAACGGGAAGGGCUGAUAAGGACCAGGAUGCUGGGGGCCUCAGCAGCAACUGGGGAUGUCAUCACAUUCUUGGACUCACACUGUGAAGCCAAUGUCAACUGGCUCCCCCCCUUGCUCGACCGCAUUGCUCGGAACCGCAAGACCAUCGUGUGCCCGAUGAUUGAUGUGAUUGACCACGAUGACUUUCGAUACGAGACACAGGCCGGGGAUGCCAUGCGGGGCGCCUUUGACUGGGAAAUGUACUACAAGCGGAUCCCGAUCCCCCCGGAACUGCAGAAAGCUGACCCCAGCGACCCGUUUGAGUCUCCCGUGAUGGCCGGUGGACUGUUUGCUGUGGACCGGAAGUGGUUCUGGGAGCUGGGCGGGUACGACCCAGGCUUGGAGAUCUGGGGCGGGGAGCAGUAUGAAAUCUCAUUCAAGGUGUGGAUGUGUGGAGGCCGCAUGGAGGACAUUCCCUGCUCCAGGGUGGGCCAUAUCUACAGGAAGUACGUGCCCUACAAGGUGCCCGCUGGAGUCAGCCUGGCCCGGAACCUGAAGCGAGUAGCGGAGGUGUGGAUGGACGAGUACGCGGAACACAUCUACCAGCGCCGGCCCGAGUACCGCCACCUCUCCGCUGGUGACGUAGCCGCCCAGAAGAAGCUCCGUAGCUCCCUUAAUUGCAAGAGUUUCAAGUGGUUUAUGACCAAGAUCGCCUGGGACCUGCCCAAAUUCUACCCGCCGGUGGAGCCCUCCGCCGCAGCCUGGGGCGAGAUCCGCAAUGUGGGUACCGGACUGUGUGCAGACACGAAGCAUGGGGCCCUGGGCUCCCCGCUGAGGCUGGAGAGCUGCGUCCGGGGCCGUGGGGAGGCCGCCUGGAACAACAUGCAGGUCUUCACCUUCACCUGGAGGGAAGACAUCCGGCCUGGGGACCCCCAGCACACCAAGAAGUUCUGCUUUGACGCCAUCUCCCACACCAGCCCCGUCACCCUCUACGACUGCCACAGCAUGAAGGGCAACCAGCUGUGGAAGUACCGCAAAGACCAGACCAUGUACCACCCCGUCAGCGGCAGCUGCAUGGACUGCAGUGAAAGUGACCACAGGAUCUUCAUGAACACCUGCAACCCCUCCUCUCCCACCCAGCAGUGGCUGUUUGAACACGUCAACUCAACGGUCUUGGAAAAAUUCAACAGCAGCUGAGCUCUCACGUUCCCGUGGCGGGCCUGGCAGGGUCCUCUCUGGCGCUCACCACAGCCUCCACCUCCCAAGGGGGGCAGAGCUUCUGCAAGCCCCGUCACGUAAAAGGUGCUGGCCACCCAGGUCAGGGCAGAGAGGGCUCUUGCGGCUGGGCCAGCUGUCCGCCUGGUCCUGAAGGCCCUGAGUGGCGAUGGGAUGGACAGCAGACCCCACCAGAGGCUCCACCUGAGCAGAGCCUGCUCCAGCCCUGAUGGCACCAUGGAAAUCCAGGACAGCCUUUUCAGCAUGGUCACCACGUUCCCUUGGGACACUUUGCAGGAAGAAUGCCAGGGCAGCCCCAAAAAAGUCCUCCUCCAGGGCUGCCCAGCCUCAGGUGGCUGGGACGUGUCGGCCCUGUCAGAAGAGAGGCAGUCCUAUCUGCAGGGGGGCAGCUCUUAGCGCUGGCACCCUUCAUCUACAUCAGAAAGGAAGACGUCUUUCUCGGGGCUGAUGGUUUUAGUUUUUGCCUGGCUUGGGGUAACUGUGAUUACUGCCCAGCGUCUCUUCUCUGUCACAGUCCCAGGAGAUGCAGUCAGAGGCCAUAUUGGGGCUUCUGGGUGUUCAGUACUGAACACUGACCAAAUGCCAGGCCUGGGUUUGGAAAGGGGGCUGCAAGUCAUUCCUUUGCUGCCACGGACAUGCCGAUGUCUGCCCUUGCUCCCAGGGUACUUAAAGCUCCCGCGUUAGUGCCUUCCAGGCACAGGGACAGCCCUGCCCGCAGGUUUUCAGGGCUGUGUUUGGGCCUGUGGCACAGCCUAGUAGAAAUUCUGGCUGAAUCUCCCUCAUCAGUGCUUCCAUCUCUCUGUCUCUCUCCCUCUCUCCCUCUCCCCCGCCCCCUCUCUCUCCCCACCUCAAGAGAGGAACAGAGAUGUGAGGUGCUCAUCUCACAAAGUCCAGAGGCCCCGGGGUGGACAUGGACAGGAUGCCCAGCUUCUGACUCAUCAUGGGUCUGGUUCUCGCAGGGAGCUCUAGAAUUUUUAAGGAACUCUGUCAUUUGACCACAAGUUAGAAUGCCACAUAGGAUGCUGGCAUUCUAGCAUCUGAUACGGAUUCCUAUAGUGCAUAAAGGCAUCCCCCAGCCUAGAGACAGUCUGUGAAAUCCAGGCUUGGUGGUGUUGGAGGAGGGGGGACCCGUGUCCAUCAGCUCUUACCAGGGGCUUCAGUGUGACACAGUCCUCAGCCCAGAGGGAGCUCUGCCACCUCCCACCACGGUCACAGCUGCAGUGGAGAACAGGCCCCAGUGUCCCACAAAUAGAGGUGCACCCAGCUCCUUGUUGGUCCUUUGUGUUUACCUUUCACUUUGUUAAUCAUGUGUCAGACUCCCAGGGGACUCCCAAACUAAUAGGAAGCGUUUCUGUAACCAGCCUGCCACCCACUGAUUCAGAAAUGGAAAUCACAGUCUAUGGUGCAUGGCUUCCGCCAGCUAUAGCCCAGGAAGUCCUUGAACUCAGUAUUCCAAUUAGAGCUGAGCCUCUUGAUUGGGUCAUUUACCAGUGAAAUAACUUGAGACAUAAAUCUGGGAGCGGAGCCGGCAAAACAUCACUUCCAUUUCUGCCUCGGCACAAGCCCUGCUCUGGCCACCUGUCCACAGGAGAGAUGGCCCUGCGCUCGCAAAGCUGGCCUAUCCAUCCCUAGUAUCUUUUCCAAGUGGGAACUCUAUCUUCAGAAGUGGCCUCUGUAAGACAGAGUCAGAAGAUGAGGCCUCUUCCAGAAUUUAGGAUAACAAGGGUGUUGCAGCCUGGGAGAGUUGUGUUAGGGUUCAUCAUCAGAGGGCAAUGCAGCAUCAUUAAAAACUGUGCCUUUUAAAAAGAAAAAAUGCAAAUGUACAGCCAAUCCCUAAACUUGAAUCAUUUCCUAGUGCCUUGCUAGACAAAAUAAAGGGGCAGGGGGAGGGGAAGCACUUUGGGUGGAGUGUGCAGUUCCUGUUGGGUGAGUGCGUGUUCGUUAAAGUCUAAUUUCAAGCAGGACACCUUGGGCCUAAAGCAGGAUCUGAGACAGUAGUGCCCCCCAAGAGCCAGAGGCCAGAAGUUACUCCAUUUAAUUUAGUGCGUGUAACGCCCCAAAUUAAAGGACAACUGAAUGGCUCGUUUAAUCCAGGGCCAACAAGGGCCUGAGCCGCCCCUGGGAGAGGGCCCUGUUUGACAUCCCAGCCCCCAGGUGGAGUGUGGAACACUGGCUACGUUUCCAGAUUGUCCCACUCCAGGCAGGGGACCGCGUUCUCCAAAAGACCAGGACGCGUGUGGGAAGCAGGAGCAGCAGCAGGCCGUCCUCAGCAGCCCUCCUUUCCUCCUUGGGUUAUCCUGGGUCUGCUUUUGCACCCCCACCAAGGAAUGGGCGGCUCCUUGAGCACUCUGGCGUCUGUAACUGCUGAGCCCACAUCCGCAGGUGCAGAGACUCCACGUAGCCUGUCAUCAGGGAAGGACCAGAGAAGCUCAUUCCUUCACUGACCAGCUGAGGGCACAUCCUCACCACGCAUUGCUUUGUCUUCAUUUUGGAAAACCGCCUGUCUCCAGGAACCUGUGGAGGUGCGUCAGUCUCGUAACAGGUGACCCUGUGGCCCCCUUUUCCUCCAAAGCCUUUCUCCUGAGCAUGAGGUCACCAAACAGGGUGUGGCCAGGAAGUAUGAUCCCUGUGUGGCUCACCCACAGCCUUUCCAAAGGGGAACCCCGCCAACACUUCAGAAUGCAGAGAGCAUCUUUGCCGUAAGUACACUUGUUAAGUGUGCAGGCCCGAAAGUGAAAAGCUAUUCCACCCGGUGCCUCCAGUUGGGGCCUUCACCUUUUAAAAGAACCCAGGAACCAUCCACUCCCCAGUUGUGGAAGAAAUAGCUCAGAGGCAGAAGGGAGCACAUCCGUGGAAGCGAUCUGAUGGGGAAUGCGACCUUAGGACUGGGGGAGAAAGAGCAUUCUUGUCAGAGAUGUAACAUAUGGAUUCCCCAAGUCCACCUUGUGUUCGCUUUUCUGACCUCCUGCCUGUUGAGUUUCUUUUCCUCCUUAAGGAAGAGGUGAUAUCCUUGAAGACGGUUCCAUGUUUCUUUCUGUGCAUCUCCAUUUUUCUAGACUCUGAUGAAAGAUUCAAAAGGAUGGCCAAGCACUUUACAGUACCUGAGGAUUCUGGACUCCUUGCUUCAAGGAUCCCUCGUUUGUACAGAUUGGGCAGUCUUUUAUAAUUCUUAGGAGACAGCGCAUUUUUAAUUAAGUUUUCCGAAGAUGUCUAAGUGUGAGGGGGGGCACAGAGUGAGUUCUGUUCUGGAAUUCAUUUCUGCUUUCAGCUGAUGCUUUUUUUGUGUGAAAAUCCAAGUGAUGCUUUAGUUCAAACUUGAUCUGGAGCCAAGGCCUGCGGUCAUCUCUGGGGUGGGAGUGGGACCUACAUUCCAAGCGAUAAGCUCCUCUUAACAUCCGCUCCCAAAAUGGCUUUGAUUCCACCGUUCCAGCCAACAGGGUCGGGUUCUCGGUCUGUUAGGGGCUUAAAGGUACAUCUCAAAGGGAUUCCAGGCAGGGAAUGUUUGAGACGUCAAAUUUGGGGUUCCUCACAGAAAGCUCGAGUCGGCCAGCCCCUCAUCUCCUGCCUGAAAAAGUGAGCCUUUGUGAAGACCUGACUCCCCAUGUACAACUGUGACGAUGACUGUCGUUGAGUAAAUCUCCAGACUUUUCUCUAA